AUGAGUGAAGUUAUGAGCAGCUUGUACUUCAAUUCGGUUGCCCUUUCGAAACCCUUGUUCAAGAAAGCCCACAAAUUUUACAAGCUCUUAGCUGCAAACUACAGCAAAAGCACCCCUUUUCAAUCCUUCACAGCAUUUCUCAUGAUCUGUGCAAUUAUCUGUUUCUUUGCAGUCAUGGGUUGUACCUACUUUUACUUGUCUCCAUCUUCUGAAACUGUAGUUGGGAUGAUGAAUAGAAGUAAAGAUAUUAUUAACAGCCCUAAUGCUUCAUCCAAGGUUUGCAAUGUGUUUGAUGGGAAAUGGGUGGCUGAUGAGAGUUACCCUCUUUAUAAUGCAUCAGAUUGCCCUUUCGUCGAACGAGGGUUCGACUGUUUAGCGAAUGGUAGGAAGGAUAGAGAGUAUCUGAAGUGGAGGUGGAAGCCCCACAAUUGCGAAAUCCCGAGAUUCAAUGCUCGGAAAGUAUUAGAGUUGCUUCGCGGGAAAAGGGUCGUUUUUGUUGGCGAUUCUUUGAGUAGGACUCAGUGGGAGUCCAUGGUGUGUAUGCUGAUGAGUGGUGUUGAGGAAAAGAAUAGUGUGUAUGAGAUGAAUGGUAAUGAGAUCACGAAGCGGAUUAGGCAUUUGGGGGUCCGGUUCGGGACAUAUGGGCUUUCUGUCGAGUUUUAUAGGUCGAUUUUUCUAGUGCAGCCCGGCCCAGCUCCUAAGCGUUCGCCCAGGAGAGUUAAGACUGUCGUGAAGCUCGACCAGUUGGAUGAUGUUAGUGGAGAAUGGGUCGAUUCUGAUGUUCUUGUUUUCAAUUCGGGCCACUGGUGGACACCAACUAAACUCUUUGAAAUGGGUUGGUACUUUCAGGUCGGUAAUAAAAUAAAGUUCGGUAUGCCAAUAAGUAAGGCGUUUAAGGUUGCACUGUCUACCUGGCAAUCGUGGACUGAUAGUGCAAUAGAUCCCAACAGAACGCAUGUUUUCUUCCGAACUUUCGAGUCCACUCAUUGGAGUAGCGGGUCCCGUCAGAACUGCAGAGUGACAACAAGGCCUUCAUCGAAACCUAAUGGGCGACAAAGGAGCUCGAUAACCGAUUCGAUUGUUAAUGCCGUGAAAAGGGCCUCUGUUGACCAUAUGAUGUAA